AUGAACCGUCUCUUUGGGUCAAAGAGCACUGCUCCCAAGCCGUCGUUGAACGACGCCAUCAAAGGCAUCGAUGACCGUGUGGGAAGUCUUGAUGUCAAACUCUCCAAGAUCAAUGCUGAGCUUCUGACUUACCAACAAAAAAUCAGCCGAAUGCGAGAUGGGCCCGGAAAAUCGGCAUUAAAGCAACGGGCCUUGAAGCUUUUGAGACAAAGAAAACAAAUCGAGGCCCAGAAAGACCAAUUGGAGCUGCAGUCGUGGAACAUAACUCAGGCUUCGAUGACUACAGACAAUCUUCAAAAUACUAUGAUAACCGUGGAUGCCAUGAAGCUGGCCAAUAAACAAUUGCGUAAGACAUACGGGAAGAUCGAUAUCGACCAGAUAGAAUCGCUUCAGGACGAAAUGUUGGAUUUAAUCGACAAAUCCAACGAGUUGCAAGAAGCAUUGCUGACGACAUACGAUGUUCCAGAUGAUAUCAGCGAAUCUGAACUUGAUGCUGAACUCGAUGCUUUGGGUGAAGAAAUGCAGUAUGAAAACGAAAUGGCAGAAACUGGAAUUGGAAUGCCUAGCUACUUAAACGAUGAAGCUGUGGGUACAGACAACUUGCCUACUUUUAUUGAUGAACAGCCCGUAGAAGAAAAUCCAGCCAAGGUUGCGAGCUAG